UAAAAAUGGUUCCCGUGAAAAUGCAACUACAUAUAUGCCCGAAAAUCCGAUUGUCUGCGUAUGAUUGCACUUAGAGAGGGAGGGAGAGAGAGAGAGAGAGCGAGAGGGAGAGACUCUCCACCUAUGCUUUUCUUCUCCAGUCCCAUAUAGGGUUUCGACUUGCCAGACCACCGACAACGCUAGCUCGCUGGAGUUCGAACCACGUGGCCCAUGGAUUCCUCGAGGUCGAACCGAUUCGACAUCUUCGAGAUUUACCAACGUUACUGUGAUAUUAGAUUGGGGUGUGCAUAUGUUAAUGGGCAAGAGAGCUACAAACAAGAUGAUGAAUCGCAACCGUCUAAAACUUCAAGGGAUGAACUGACACAGCUCUUAAAAUCGGUGGAGUCAAGGGUUGAUACAAGGAGUUCAAUUUUUGAUGAAAUUUUCAAGCUCAUUUCGCAGCUAGGCUUGGUGGUAGAUUUUUCUGAAUUUGCCCGCUUUUAUGACUUUGUUUUCUUCAUCUGUCGUGAAAAUGGUCAAAAGAACAUCGCUGUAAGCAAGGCAGUUACUGCUUGGAGGCUAGUAUUAGCUGGAAGAUUUCGACUGCUUAAUCAAUGGUGUGACUUUGUUGAGAAAAAUCAACGACAUAACAUCUCCGAGGAUACUUGGCAGCAAGUUUUAUCUUUCAGCCGGUGUGUACAUGAAAAUCUGGAAGGGUAUGAUCCUGAAGGUGCUUGGCCUGUUCUAAUAGAUGAAUUCGUUGAGCAUAUGUACAGAGUUUCAGGAACCAAUGAUAACACUAACCUCUUCUGUAACUGCGGUGAUUUAGAAUCCCAGUCUUCCAUGGUUGAUGAUCCUCUUCCUGGAUUGAGAGAUUUUCCUGGUUUGAAGAGGAAGGUACCCGAGGACCUUCAACAAGAUGAAAUGGAGUCCCUAACUACCCUCUACCCUCAGUCAACAGACAUGGAUACUGUUUUAAGUUUCAAGAGAAUCAGGCUGACUGCUCAUAAACCAGCCCACUGGGUGGUGGAUAAUCCACCAGGGAAUGCUAGUGAUGAUUGCAUGGAAAUUGUUAGACACAACAGUAAGUCUCCAUGUGCGGUUGAAGGUUGUUUGUCUGAGGGCUUCGCAGGGCUUUUCUCAACCAGUGCCUAUUUGCAGUUUGAUCGGGAAAGGCGGGUUUCCUUCACAUAGAACUUCUACCUGUGUUGCAAUGUAGAAAUAUUUCCUUGCGAGAUGUUACGUUCGGUUUUAUAUAUGGAAUUGGGAUAUAAUCAUAUAAUAUUGUUUGCUGGUAA